CAUGUUCUACCGCCCACCAAGGCCAAAGAAAGCCUCUGGAGUUUGUUUGAAGAUGUGUACCUGUGUGCGGUACUGAUCUGCAGUGUGGGUCUGUUGUGCAUGUGCAUGUUCACCGUGACGGUAACCUGCCAGUUCAUACAGAGGAAGCAGAGGCUAAAAGCUGAAUCCCUUAACGAUUCUAUUAUUUUCCUUGCAAUGACGCUCUCGGGGGAGACGGUCACCAGUGUGGUCAGCGUCUCCCCUGCCCUUCCAAAGAAAGAGAGGAGGUACAGAAAGAAAAGGAGCAGAGACUACCAGGAAGAGAUACCACCAGAGAUACCAGCAAAAGCUCCCAUUGGAGACAAAUCACGCAAAACCAAACUAUUAAAACCUCAACCAAGGAAAUUAGUAUUGCCGAGGAUCGUGGAGGAAAAUCUGACGUACGCGGAGCUGGACCUGGUGAAGCCGAUUCCAGAGACGAAGGCAUCUCGGAGCGGGACCGUGUACGCUCAGAUCAUGUUUGGGGAGCAGCAGCUG